AUGGCAGUCGUGCACGGGAACCUCGGAGCAUCACAUUUAAAACAAUUUCAACUCUUUCCCACCGUAGAUUUGGACAGAAGGAUGCACAUGCAUUCAUCAGAUUACGCGGCACAGGUCAAAUAUCUCAGCGGCGCGCAUUCAGUUGGCACGAGAGUGGAAAGCAUGGCCCUUUUUACGCACCGCAGAAAACGCACCAACUUUACGCAGCAGCAAAUCGACGUUUUGGAGAAAGUUUACUUGGACACCAAAUACCCAGAUAUUUAUCUAAGAGAGAAACUUGAGGCACUGACCGGCUUGCCAGAGUCAAGAAUUCAGGUUUGGUUCCAGAAUCGAAGAGCCAAGUCCCGACGCCAGGUGGGCAUCCCAGUGCCAUCUAAAACCAGUGGAAACGUCCUGGCCUCCAACACUCACCUUAUGAACCAGUUAACCACACAUCAGAACCACGCAGCCCUGGAGACGCAGAGAACUCCUACGUUUGGAAUGAUGGACAAUUUUAAUCACCAAGGGAUGAGCUCUGCGGAUGAGAAGGGAUGUACCUUGAAAGGUGACAUGUUUGACCCAACCAUUCCUUGCAUGUUUGGCAGAACCGAGGAGAACCAGAAUCAUCUGAGCGUCGUGGUUCCACGCAGUUACGCACAACAGUACCCAAAAGGAUACGGACAGUUCACGACUACAAGCCAUACCAAAUCUACAAUGAAACAAUUCUUGGUGGACUAUGACAACUUUCCCCCGAACAAGACCAUCGGGCCAGAGAUGAAGGUUGUUAUUCCUCCUCUCCCAACCCAGAAUAACUUCAUGAUGUCUUCACCCGAACACAUCCCCUGCUCGAUCCAGAACGUGCCAGUCGGAGUCCAGCCAGGAAAUUUUGGUACCUUCUCUCCCAUCAGAGCAAGCGAAGCCGUUGAGUUUUCAGACUCCGAUUCGGAUUGGGAGAAAGAAGCCAUGUGUGGUUUUAAUGGGUUCAUGUAG